ACCUAUUUUCUUUUUAUAUACAAAUAAAAUUUUUUUCUCUAUCGCUUUGUUUACGUUUGUUUUAAAGCUAGCUGAAGUUUACAAUUUUUCUAUCCACUAUCACAUGGGAUUAUUGUAGAAGUCCUCUGUCCGAGUAUCUAUAAGCAACGUAAGGUCGUGUCAACGUCUGCCUUUCGCCCCAAACAAAAAUAACAAAAGGUAAAUAAAAUUGACUGAAUAUCAACAAUGCCGAAAACAUCAACUGAACGCUCAAGAGAAUGUCGUGAACGGAGACGUGCGAGGAAUCCACCAAGAAAGCCGCCUAAAACUGGGGCCGAACGUGUGAGAGAGUUUAGAGCUAGGCAAAAAGAAUUAAAAAAUGUGGAAGAAUCAGAAAGAUGUCGAUCAUGCUUAGCAAUCGCACCUAGUUAUCAAUCGCUAAAAAAAGUUAUUAACGGAAUGGAUGCUCAACCAAAAACUUACGGUGAACUGUUGAAAGAUUUGCUACAAAUUAACAAUGUUGUUGCUCCAGAGGAAUUACUGCCUCAGAUGAUUUGUAGAAAAUGUACUAAUUUACUAAAGAAUAUCUAUACAUUUAUCAGCGAAGCUCGCGAGCGACACGAAGAGCUUUUAGGACACUUGAGCAAUGUUAACCACUAUAAUUUGACGGAAAGCACAUUUCACGAUAUGUGUCAAUUAGAUGAAAUGCAAAUUAAAAUCGAACCUGAAAAACUCGAAUCACCGCAUAAUUUAGUAGAAUUAAUGGAAAUAUCUAUUAAAGGAGAAAGCGAAUCGAACGAAACAUCAAAUAAGCCAGAAAUGCUAAUUGAGACAGAAUUGGAAGAAGCUCUUGUAAUAGGGGACAGAAGCGAAUCCAGUGACACUUCCUUAAACUGUGAUCAUAAUGAUAUUAAAGUAGAGGAUUAUAUCAUCAGUAAUUGUCGCUUGAAAGGUACAUGCAGUGGUACCACGACGGCAAGUGAUGAUGAAAAGCACGAUUCCGACUUGCCGCAAAUUUGUGAUAAUUGUAAUAAGGUCUUUUACAAUAUAAAAACCUUAAAAGCUCACAAGUUUUCUUGUUGUGCAAUGGAAGGAAAGACGACCUCUUGUGAGUUGUGUAAUUUCCGGACUACCCGUAAGACUGAGAUGAUAUAUCAUUUGAAAGCAACACAUAAUUUAGAAGGAAUAACACCAUACUUCAAACGAAUAUUCUGUUGCGCUAAAUGUCCAAAGCGCUAUAGUAACAAAAAUGAUCUGCAUAGACAUGCAAAAAGAGCACAUUUUAAAGGUGAAACAAAAAAACCACCUUUUAUUUGCUCGUCUUGCGGUAAAUCGUAUUUUAGCGAACACAGAUUAGUGAAACAUAGCCGCCUUCAUACCCAUGAUAUGCCGUUUAAAUGUGGUUUCUGCAAAAAGGUCUUCAGAAGAGUAGAUGCCCUAAAAUGUCAUCUAUUAGAACACAGUAAUGGAAACUUGCAUACCUGUACGGAGUGUGGUAAAUUAUUUAAAAGAAAGGACAAUCUACGCGUACAUAUGCGUGUCCAUUCUGGGCUACGUCCUUACAAGUGCGAUGAAUGCGAGAAAGCAUUUAAGUAUAUGUCCGGAUUCAAAAAACAUGUAAAAACUCACGCUAAGGUUAUCAAUAAUUGAUAUGUAAAAUAUGCAAAUUUUGAGCGAAAAAAUUCUCUCGCUUGCCAAAUUUGAUUUAGGCCUGCUUUAUUUCCCCUUUUAAGGUUGACUCACAUGAAACGCGGUGUUACUUGGCACAUCUGAGAAUAAGCGUCUAUGAUUCUCAAUAAUUUGUAUAAAACUUGCCUGCAUCUGAGAAUAAGCGUAUAAAAAUUCCCUACAUCUAAGAAUAAGUGAAUAUGAUUCUCAAUAAUUUGUAUAAAAAUUCCAAACAUCUGAGAACAAGCGUCCACAUUUGUUUACAAUUUUCAAUACUUGAACAUGUAUAAAAAUUAAGUUCGCCUGUGAGGCCCGUCGUCUGUAUUGUUUGCUGUUCGUUGGUCCAUUCGUAUUCCGUCAGUGCACAUUUCCUGUCCCCUAUCCUCACUCACGCGCACACCAACCCAUACAUCGCUUAGUUACGCAUUAUUCUUUUUUUCGGUUACUGUAUUUUAUUUUUUCCUUUUUUUUCUUUUAAUGUAUCAUAUCAUACAUGUUAAUAAAGAAGACAAAAAAAUUAAAAUGAAAAAAAAACUGCGACCUGAUUCCUUGUUGGUCAUUUAGCGACAUCAUGGUCACUGCUUCACUGGUUGACUGCAGUAGGAGAAAAGUUUGUUGCACGCUUUCACCAACUCCCCAAUUUUUUUCGCCUCUUCCUCGUUUGUAGGGUAUAUGGUAAAGAAUAACUUUAUGCAAGGUGGUUUAAGAAAUCAAUUCCCUGCAUAAAAGCGUUGGCCAAUCUCCAUAAUUUUGUCUUAAUGAUUUUUAUAAAUUCUUUGUGUCUUUCUUCGACAGCAUAACACUGACCCUUUCGACGGCACAACUCUGACUAACUCUACAGCACCAAACUCAUUCUUUAACAACGCUAAAACUAACCGACCUUUCCAAUCCAAAAACUACGUGAUUUUUUCUAGUACAAAAACUAACUGACUUUUAUUCAAAGCAUCAGGGAAGAAAUGUUCUUGACUUACACAGAUGGGAUUUGGAGUUUUCCUCUUUUCAUAGUUCUCUCUGGCAUAAUAGCGUUAUGAAGAGAGAGAUAGGGCCAGUUAUGAACAGAUGCGUUUGCAUAACAGUAGGCCGUUAUUCUUGCAAAUGUGGUUUUUGCAUAAUGGCAGGCCGUUAUUACGGUCUUACUUACUCUACUGUAGUAGAAGAGUGGUCAAAGCAGACCGACGGAACCCCUACGCUACAAAUAUAUGCGGCCGUUACAAGUAAGUAAGUUCAAGUAAAAAGAAAGUACUAGACUUAUACAACAUGUUGGUUUUGACUGGCCACUUUCCCUACAUAUGAAACUGGCAGCGGUUGUUCCAAUUUCAAAGUAUAAAAAUAUCUCCAUUAUCUCUUUUAUCUUGCCUCUCAAAAAAAUUGGAAAAUAUUAUGGCGUCUAGAUUAUCUUGAUUUCUUGCGUACAAGAACCUGAUUACAAAACAACAAGUUGCUUUCGAGAGGGGUAGAGGGUGUACCAACGCUUCUUUUCAUAUUGAUUAUUUUACAAGCAAAGCAAUU